CGUGUAUUGCUCGCACAGUGUGUUUAUAAUAUUAGAGACAGUGUAAAGCGCAGGCGAAUUCAGCGCCUCCUUCUGCGUCGCGGCUGUCACGGAUGCAUCGCGUUUUGUUACACAAAUCAUGAUAGCAUCACGUAUGUUGUGCAUUCUUCAUGAAACGCGCAUGUUUUAGUUCAGAAAUAACCUUUGAAAGGUCCCGCAAAACAUUACGAUGAAGGACACAGGAGAAUCAAAGGACCAUCAGCUGACUGUGGCCCUGCGGAUUCGCCCUUUGAGCGAUGCUGAACUGGAGGAAGGAGCCGCUAUAAUAGCCCACAAAGUGGAUGACCAGAUGGUGGUAUUGAUGGACCCGAUGGAGGAUCACGAUGAUAUUCUUCGUGCUCAUAGAUCCAGAGAGAAGACUUAUAUGUUUGAUGUGGCCUUCGAUAAUUCAGCCAUGCAGGACGAGGUGUACCGAUUCACCACUAAAGGCUUGAUUGAAGGCCUUAUAUCAGGGUACAAUGCCACUGUUUUUGCCUACGGACCCACAGGUUGUGGGAAGACAUACACUAUGCUGGGAACAGACAGAGAACCUGGUAUCUACGUACGCACAUUAAAUGACCUGUUCAAAGCCAUUGAAGAAACCAGUGAUGACAUGCAAUACAGUGUCUCGAUGUCCUACUUGGAGAUCUACAAUGAGAUGAUAAGAGACUUGCUGAAUCCAUCCUCUGGGUUUCUGGACCUGAGAGAGGACUCGAAGGGAGAGAUACAGGUUGCUGGGAUCACAGAGGUCUCCACCAUCAAUGCGCGUGAGAUCAUGGAGUUGUUAAUGAAGGGAAACAAGCAGAGGACUCAAGAACCGACGGCAGCCAAUCAGACGUCGUCUCGCUCUCACGCUGUACUGCAGGUGGUCGUGCGACAACAGAGUCGAUGCCGAGACAUUCUACAGGAAGUACGAUUUGCACGUCUCUUCAUGAUUGAUCUGGCAGGGUCUGAGCGGGCUUCACAGACACAGAACAGGGGUCAGAGGUUAAAAGAAGGAGCUCACAUCAACCGUUCUCUGCUCGCGCUGGGGAACUGCAUCAAUGCCUUGAGUGAAAAGAAUGGCAACAAAUACAUCAAUUACAGAGAUAGCAAACUCACGCGACUGCUCAAGGACUCUUUGGGAGGGAACAGUCGGACAGUGAUGAUUGCCCACAUAAGCCCCGCCUCUUUGGCCUUCGAAGAUUCACGGAAUACCUUGACCUAUGCCGACCGUGCCAAAAGCAUCCGCACACGGGUAAAGAGAAACCUGUUGAAUGUGACCUAUCACAUCGCUCAGUACACCAGCAUUAUAUCUGACCUGCGCAGCGAGAUUCAGAGGUUGAAGAAAAAAAUUGCGGACCAGGCCAGCAGACAGCUUAACCCAGACAGAACAGACAUCCGCCAUGUUCAAGCGGAGGUACAAGCUCACUCAUCUCAGCAGAGUCGGGCUGAGAUGGACCAACUGCGAGAGCAGCUGAUUGAUGCGUUUAGACAGCAGAUGGAUAUCAGGAAGCAUCUUAUGGAGCUGGACAACAGCAACAUGGAAAUCCAAAUUGACACAUCCAAACACUUGCUGACCAUUGCAGACUGGGAGCAGGAGCGUUUCAGAAGAAGAAAGAAGUGGCAGGGGGAGAGGAGGAAGGAGAGUUUUCAUAAGGAUGAGAGUGAGAAAGACUCCGACACACCAGAAUCUCUGCCGGACAGCACAGAGACACAAGAGGUAGCCAUUGCCAGAGAGAACCUCAUCACGCUCAUGGCCGAGCAGAAGAAAAUACAAAAACACAAGGCCGGUCUGGAGCAGCAUCUGGCAGAGCUGAGAGAAAAAGCUCGACAUCUCGAGGAGCUUCUCCCCCGCCGCGUGAGCUCCGAGGAGCAGAGGGAGGUUCUUUGCCUCCUCUGUAAGGUCCAUGAGUUGGAGAUCGAGAAUGCUGAGAUGCAGUCCAGCGCUCUGCUCAAGGACAACGUGAUCCGGCAGAAAAACGUGGUUGUUCAGCGGUUUGAGCAGCACAGGCACCUCUGCCACGAGAUCAUCCAACAGCAGCGGCAGUUUAUUGAUGAUCACAGUCUCUUGGUCCCCCCUCAUCUUCAAGAGCUCUAUGAGAUGUACAUGAAGCAAAUGGAUGAGAAGAACUUGGAUAGAGUCGUGGCCUUGGAUAAGUUCACCAUUCGUACUCUUAAGGAGGGUUCCUUGCCCAAGAUCACCCUCCCCAGCAGAGGUCGUGACCCCUUGCAGGAGCUGGACUCAGAUCAGGAUAGUGUUCGCAUGCUGGGCUCAGACAACAGACAAGGGCGGACGAAAGUGAGGAGACACACACUGCCUCCCAUCCUCCCAGAGCCUGAUGGAGAGCGAGUUUUUAAGAGCAGUCACAAACAGAUGAAGAACUCUGUAGUAAUGACACCACCCCCCAUUCAUAUCAAUGGACAUGGCAACAGAGAGCUGUUGCCAUCUGUCCUGGAUGACACUCUGAGAUACAGUCAUCUCAGUCACAGUAUGAGCAGCCACCUGGACUCCUCACCUGAGAGCAGUGAGAACGGCACAGAUGCUCCUCUCACACCUAAAGAGAGACAGCAGAUUCUAAGAGGUGUGCAGAGCAUUGCAGUGAAGGCCGCCCGACGCCGAUCUAAAGUCCUUGAAUUAGAUGCCCUGCGAUUGCCUCCUCCUCCCUCCCCUCUAGAUCCCAAGAAACACAAGAGUAACCUAUCACUGAGCGAGGCGCCCCCUAAAGGCCUGGUGCUGCGUCGUGGGAGACAGCCCAGCCCAGAGCUACGGCAUGCCACCUCUGAUGACAACUUGUCCAGCAGCACAGGAGAUGGCCCCGCACCCAACGGCACAUGGACGAGGCCCCGGAACCGUCAGGUUGUUAAGAACCCCCCUGCACGGGAGCAGGACUUUGAGGGUCGGAGACGCAAGAGGAGGUCUCGAUCAUUUGAAGUCACAGGACAGGCACUGUCUCAGGCAAAGAACACAAGCCAACGAUUUCGUCCCCUGGAUAGCACUUCUGAUGCCCACCUACACAUUAACGGCCAUCCUCCUGCCCCUCUCCUGCGGCCCCAACACAAGGCCCAACCUCAGCUUACAAAAACCCGGCCCUCGCACAACAUCCACCAAACAGGAUCAACAGCUGAUGUCACUUCCUCCAACCUGCCCUCCCACCUCAUUAAGCGUGGUGCACAAACAAAGCAACUUCAGCCUCUCCUGUAUGUCACCACCACUGGGACGGGCGGCCAGCGAACCCGGAAACACUGAAGACUUUGAGGACUUUCUCUUGGUAGACCCGAAGUCCUGGCCUGAGCACGAUGGAUGGAUCCCCUCCCAUAAAAGCAUGUAGAGAUAAAAUGGAAGGUUUCCUCAUUGUAUUUUAAUGGAAGAGCUGUACCAUGAGAUCAGACUUAUGAUUCUAUGUAUUCUCCAUAAAGGAAGACCAUUGGGUUGUUGUUCCCUUCCUGAGUUUUUGCUAAAAUGCUUGUAGCUAUUCUCUAAUGACAGGUGACUUAUGAUGCCUGCUUUAUUUUGUUAAAAAAUCCAUUGGUUUCAGUAAAUGGCAAGAACUGAUUGCCAUGAAUUCCACAGCCUCGACUUAUGUCAACUUUAUAGUGGUGUUCAGAUUGUAGUCCUAAAAAAAAAAAAAAAUGAAUUUUCGAGCUCUUGGUUCCCUCUGGAAUUUCUAUUGGGCUUUUAGAAUAGCGGUUAAUGAGUAAGCUAGCAUGACUUAAAGAGACUUUCAUGUUUUGUUCUAAAAUAUGAAUUACACACAGACAUACUGUACCAUACACAUACAUUUUGAAGCUGUUGAAUGCUUUAAAAACGCAAGUUGCUAAUAAAGCCAUUCAUCAGUCAGUCCUCUUGUUUAUGUUGUAGAACAAACUGGAAAGUCUUUUAAAGUAAUGUUAAGCACAAAACGUAUUUUACUCAUAAAUUGAAAACUGAUAUUCUAAUAACCUAUUAGAAAUUCCCAAGGGAACCCAUGGCGAGUUAGCCUUCAGGGUUGGCCUACAAUUUGAUGUCAUGACUGAACAGUUCUAUUCCCGCAAUGACAUGCAAAAAUGCUCUUUUUUUUUUUUUUUUGAGACUAGCUAUUUUGACAGGGGACAAAACCUGCCUCAAAUGCCUUUCGGUUGAAUAUUUAUAUCAGGCCUUUUAGUGACAUCCUGAAAAGUUAGUUCUAAGUCUACAAAACUACAAUGGUGACGCUUGUGUAUGUUACUACAGAAUCAAAUAUGCCCCUCUCAUUCCGCAGGGAACAAUAUAUAUUUCGCAGCUGCUGUGAUUGUGAAAUUAUUGCUCCCUCAGGCCUUGCACAAAUUAAUGUACUGUCAGACUGCUUAUGAAUCAUACGUCUAGCUUCUGUGAAUUCUUCUCUGAUAAUACACGCCGCUGCAUUAUUGAUGUCAUUUUGUGUUUACUGGUAAUAAUCAAUUUAAUUUUGCCUUCUGUCAUUCAGGUUUCAGCGUAACUGUUUUCUUUAAAAUCCUUUUGGGUUUGUGUUAGAUCUUAGUACCAGACGAGGUGGCAUAUUUAAUGUAUUCCAGACCCUCUGUGGUUUAUUUUAAAUGAAAUAGGAAAAACAAACAAAUACUGCUGCCUUUUCUUUUAAAUGUUCUGAAAGUUUAUGUAUUUUUAUUUUUUUUUCAUAAUUAUACAUACACUUUUUCUACUCUUAAUUUUAUACCUUUUUUGUAACUAAAAUAAAUUUGAUUGACAAAGUGAUCACACGUUGUACAUGUGUU